GAGCCCAGGUGGGGCGGGGGGGGUACGGCCCCGUCCCGGCGGGGGGCGGUGCGCGGUCCCGCGGUCCCUCGCGCAAACGCUGCUUGUCUCCCGCAACCGUCGGUGCCCCGGGGUCCCCGGCGCGGCGGCUGUCGGGGCCAUGACGACCAUCUGCGACCUGCCCGAGGACGUGCUGGUGGAGCUGCUGUCGCUGCUGCCGGCCCGGGACCUGCUCCGCACCUGCAGGCUGGUCUGCGCGCAGUGGCGGGCCGUGGUGGACCUGACCACCCUGUGGAAGCGCAAGUGCCAGCGCGAGGGCUUCUACCUUCAGAAUCUGGACAGAAGCAUCUCCGACUGGAAGAUCUUCUAUAUUCUCUGCAGCUUGAAGAGGAACUUAAUCAAAAACCCCUGUGCUGAAGAGAACUUUCAGCACUGGAAACUUGACAAGAAUGAAGGAGAUAAAUGGAAGAUUGAGCAUCUGCCUGGACCUCAUGGAAAAGAGAUGCCAGGCUCCAAAGUACACAAAUACUUUGUCACUUCAUAUGGGCCAUGCUUCAAAUCUCAACUCAUUACCCUGCAGAAAGAAGGAUACUGGAAUCAGUUGAUGGAUGAGAAACGGCCUGAAAUUGUAGUCAAGGACUGGUAUGCUGCCAGAUUUGACUGCGGGUGUCGCUAUGAGCUUACAGUGAGGCUGCUCUCUGAAGACUACAUUGUCCUUGAGGAGUUCCGCCCUGAGCCAGUGGUUAUAGAGCAGUGGAAUGAUGCAGCAUGGAGAGAGAUUUCUCACACCUUCCAGAAUUACCCAGCUGGAGUACGUUACAUCUGGUUUCAGCACGGAGGCCAAGACACCCAGUUCUGGGCAGGAUGGUAUGGGAUCCGAGUGACAAACAGCAGCAUCACCAUUGGGCCCCUGACAUUGUUAUGAAGACAAAAUCUAAGUCCUUUUUACCUCAGGACUGUAACCAGGUGGUCUCAGGUGCACUUAUUUGUCUGUACUCUCUGGGUGGGUCCUGGCUUUUCUUGCACAGUUGAUCGCGCAUACAAGCAGCUAGUUCUCCUUGUUCACAGCAGAACUUCUGCAGGCCUAGCCCCUUGAAGAUUUCUGUCUUCCAUCUUCCAUCCUCCUGUACCAUGGAUGUUACUGCAAUUACUAGCGCCCUUCCACAGGAGGAAGACUAGGACAAUUAAAUAUGACAUCUGUCUUUUCUAGUUAAUAUUGCCUGUACUACAGACAAACAGUAAGUCUUAAAUAGAAACCUUUUCCUGUUUAUGGAACUUAAGAAAGAUAAGGCUAAAAUUUUUUCACUUUGGAUCACUAAUGCUGUCAAGGGCUUUGCUACAGAGAGACUUGUUUUGUAUGGUAUUUUCCUGUUUCAGUUUAUGUAUAAAAACAUGUAUCUUUCACGUCAGACCUUUCAUAGUAUAAGGAAACUGUCAAUCCUUUUUCAUAAAAGCUGUGUUGCUGGUA